AUGGAUGCUCUGUGGCCCGUGUGGUUGUUCGGGGCUACAUCAUCAUCGCCGCUGGUUUUGUUGCCGGCUCAUGAACCAUCGUUACUCACCACUGUUUAUGACAGAGAUGUCUAUGAGCACGAGCGAAUUCUAGAGCAGAAAUAUCAGAUAAAUGAGGAUUUUCUGGCCUUUCAAGAAGAAAUCAGCCCCGAAAUGCGAUAUAUUGUGGUGGAAUGGCUCUCUAAUGUGGCCACGGAUUUCGGCCUUUGUACGCUUGUGGCGGUUGUUAUUACUUGA